GCGUGCACAGAGGAUAAAAUGGGCAUCGUCUUGUCUCAGCAGUUCGAGCUGCAGAGGCAGUUGGACAUGAUUGAGUGGAGCGAGAAUUUCCUGCGACUACAGCGAUCUGUCCUUCCCCCCGCGGACUACUUAGCUGCAUGGCACUGCCGCAUCCGAGAUGAAAUAGAAUCGCUCAGUGGUGACCUCUCAGACCUCUCCAAAAUGGUUGUGCCUAACGUGCGACUGGCCGGAACUGUUGAAUUUCUUACUGAGACAGCACUUGAGCACCACGAGCUGCACCGGCUGGCCGGAAGAAGGAUUUAA